UCGUCAUCAUCUUAUUCUUUCGUUCACUUUGCAGAGAAGAAGCCGGUUUCUCUGUUAUUAGUACAGACGCCGGCCGAUCGUAGGUAGCCAUGUCAUCGUCGUCGUCGAACAACAACAACGAGAGUGCCUCAACGAACACCGACGAGACUACAAAGAAUGCAAUACUAAGGAGCUCGGACGGUGAAAUCUUCGAGGUGGAUGUGAAGGUGGCGAUGGAGUCGAUCACGAUAAAGAACAUAAUCGAGGAGGAUUUGGAAACCACAAUCAUACCCAUCCCGAACGUGACGGGCAGAGUACUCUCGAAGGUCAUCGAGUUCUGCAAGGAGCACGUCAAAGCCCGUGCGGAGGUUGAUGCGGAUGUCUCGGAGAAGAACAUCAAAGAGUUCGACAAAGAAUUCGUCAAUGCCGAUUAUUCGCAGCUUCUCAAUUACGCGUUGGCUGCAAAUUACCUCCACAUAGAGGAGCUCUUGGAAUUGACUUGCCAAGCCAUUGCCGACAAAAUCAAGGACAAGACCGUAGAAGAGGUCCGUGAUAUUUUCGGCAUUAAGAAUGACUUUGAACCCCAUGAAGAGGAAGCUCUUCGUAGAGAGAAUCAAUGGGUUUUCGAGUAGUAGGAGUUCUACUUCUCUC